AUGGCUGUGGUUCACCCCAACAACCCGCAAGCCCAGGAGGAGCUGAUUGCCCUAUUCGCUCGGAACCUAAACUUUGAGUCUCAGCAGCCCACGCCAGCGCCAGCGCCGGUGUCGGUGCCGGUGACGGUCACUGUGCCAGCGCCCGAGGAGAAGAUCGUCUACAUUUCACAGCACUACAACCACUCGUCUCACAUUGCCAGACACGAUGUCCACGUGACUCAGCAGCAGUCAUCGAGGCCCGCCUCGGAGCCGCCACAGGGUGAGCAUUCAGCCAUAGAAUGCGUCCUGAGAGAGCACGGUGUCAACACGUCGGGCCUGUCGUCGGCGCAGCUGCAGCUGUUCAAGACGGUUGACGACGCGCAGAAGAUGCACCUCAUCGACCUGUGGCGCAUCUGCCCUCCCACCAACAGCAACGACAACCCUACCCUUGCUUGGAGCAUGACGAGCGUGAGUCAGGAGGAGAUCCUAGCCAAGCUGCGCUACGACCAGAGACAGCAGCAGCAGCAGCAGCAGCAGCAGGUGGACACACCAAUCAUGAGCCUCGACGGGACGCCCAUCCAGGCGCGCGAUGGGCGGUGGGGCACGAGCGCUGCCACAGCGCAGAGCUACAUGGAGCCGUACAUGGCAUCCGGCUACGAGGACAUGGCUCGCCGUGAGUACGAAGAGUCCGAGCGUCGCGCGGCUUUCUUUGCUGAGGCCAUGAUGCAAACACGUCAAAAGGACGCGUACAGCAGCAGCCACUUCGCCAUUGCCACCGCCGGCCCGACCUAUAACCCCGCCCACGCCGACCCCGUCUACAACGUGACGACGGUCGACUGGCGCCGCCAGGAGGCCAUGGCCGAUCAGUACGGCCGCAUGAUGGCACUCCGCGGCGGCGGCGACGAGGAGAUGCUCUGA